AUGCUUACCGACCAAGAUCUCCGUGACUUCCGUGAAGAUCGCCUGAAAUAUUUUCCAUUUAUCCACAUCCCGGAGACAACGACGGCAGCACAACUACGGUCGGCGAGACCAAUAACUUGCGCCGCAAUCCAAGCCACAUGCUUCAAAGCCCACCCGCACCAGGAAGAAUUGAGCAGGCAAGUCCGGAAGAUGUUGGCGGAGAGAAUCCUGGUCGAUGGGGAGCGCAGCCUCGAUCUACUUUUGGGCGUGUUGGUUUUGAUGGCAUGGUCAAUGCAUAGCACGCACGGAGGAAAGGCUCAUCUCGUGUCCACGUCCGGCCUUGCGAGACCGCUAGUCAGCAAUCUCAGACUCGACAAACCGCCCUAUUCGGCCGGGUGUGCCUCUGCCGGGCCGAUUCCCGAAGACAAGGGCUCGGCGACCAACGAGGAGCGACGGGCGUUGCUGGCUUGCUUCGCGCUCAGCGCUAUGGUUGGCCUGGCGAUGAAAUAUGACCCCAUGCGCUGGUCCGCACAGGUCGAGGAAGCCUGCUACCGGCUCAUCCAAGAUGAAGAAAACGAGGGAGACAAGACCUUGGUCUACAUGGCGAGAAUAGCACGGCUUUCCGUCAGCACCGCGGCAAUAAGUCGACGAGCGCUUGAAGAUCCCGAGUUUAGAAGACAUGCAAUACUCAGCGUUGGCUCGUUGAAAGCAGCCUUGGAGCAACUCAAGGGUACAAUUCCGAGUGAGCUGUCCGAACAUAGUACGAUUGCUGCGUACUUGUGCAGUGUAGAGGUGGCUAUCUACGAGCUAGCGCUGUACCAUCAUCCAGCCUCUCCAUCAACCUCCACCAACAGCCUCUCAUCAUCGGAACCAGAAGUGGAAUCGAGGCGUAUAGCCUACCUUACCACCCUUCUCCUCGUCUGUCAAUCCUACAUCGAGUUCUUCCUGACAUCCGAUAUAAUCUACAUCACGGCGCCUACCAUGCUCGUCUUCCCCUACUGCCUCAAAAUCGCCUACAAGCUCCAAACCCUAAAGACACCUGCGUGGGACCCAGCACUUUCCAGGGCAGUGCUUGACCCGGUCCGGUGUCUGGAAAGAGCUGCUCAGGCAGCAGAAGUGGGCAAUGAGACGUUGAAGGCGAGGAUAGGCGAGGAUAGCGUGUUCAAGGCUAUGGCCGAGACUCUGAGGAAGUCAGCGCCGAUAUGGAGGGUAAAUGUUGAUGUGGAGCAAGAAGUAGGCAUGGAGAGAGAUACUGGAAUGCAGGAUGUGGCGGUGGAACCCUCUCAUCUCAGCGGCAAUGUCGGUGAGCUUAAUGGGAGUUGGAUGAAUGCGGAUUUCUCGAGUGACUUUUGGUUGUCGGGGAGUUUUGACUUUUGA